AUCAGAACAAAGUGGAAUUGCUGAAAUCUGUGGAUGAUGAGUGACCCAAAUCCUGAGAGUAAUAUUCCACAGUCUUCUCAAAGGUGUGCUGUUAGGCCGAGAAGGCCUCGGAUUCUGCUCGGUUCUUGCGGGUGCACUGAUGCUGCAAAAUUUGCGCUUCUUUGUCAUAUUUUUAGGAGAUGGGCAAGCAUAGAAGUUGUUAUGACACGAACCUCGAUACCUUUUAUUGAAGUUUCACAAACUCCCCGUCCAGUUUAUUUUAAUCCUAGGAAAACUGCUUCUCAUCAUCUGGAAUGGGCUGAUGUCUUUGUCAUUGCUCCAUUGUCUGCAAAUACCCUUGCCAAGAUUGCGCAAGGGAUAUGUGACAAUUCUUUGACCGAAGUUGUGCGAGGUUGGGACCCUAACAAGCCAUUUUACGUUGCACCUGCCAUAGACUCUGUUACGUGGAAUAAUCCUUUGACAAGACAAUAUCGCAAAAGAUGCGAUGAACUUGGCAUUAAUAUCAUCGAUCCCUCUCCACGGGGUGAAAUGGCUGACCCUACUGAAAUUUCUUACAUUGUCAAAAUCUCUAAUGAAGAGAUUUGGGACUAAUGUUUUUUUAGCUAGACGAAUCACUCGACAACUUAUUUUGAGUGUUUCGGUCAUUUUUAUUUUUUUUUUUUGUAAAGAAAGGAAAAUAUUGAAAGUUAAAAUAGUAAUGCAAAGCAUCUUAUGUUUAGUGUGGA